AAACUCCAGCUUGGUCAGCUUAGAAGCCAUGAUCCCAGGAACGGGACGAUUAAACACCAUGUCUCCAACAGCUGACUCGAUUCUCCUUCGGAAUGGAACCAUUCUUCAGCAUGAGGGCCAGGAAGUCCGAUCGCUGAAAGAGUGCGAUUUGCUUAUUGAGGGCGAUAAGAUCACCGGAAUUGGGCAGAACCUGGCGCCGCCGACAGGAUGCAAGGAAGUCGACUGCACGUCCAAAAUCAUCUCGCCGGGGUUCAUCAAUGGGCAUCAUCAUCUGUGGCAAAGUCAGCUCAAGGGUCGCCAUGGUGACCAGGGUUUCAUGGAGUAUAUGGCUUCAGGCAAUCUCCAAUCCUACAACUAUCGACCAGACGAUAUCUUCUGGGGUCAACUCGGUGGCUGUCUGCAGAGCAUUGAUGGUGGUGUCACUACUGUCGUUGACCAUGCACACAUGACCUAUUCGCCGCAGCAUGCCACGGAGGCAAUCAGGGCGUCGGCUUCCUCCGGAAUUCGCUCGGUUUUCUGCUACACGCUGAUCCGUCGCAUUCGAGAGUGGUCGUCGACGGUCGAGUUUGAAGAGGAAUUCCUCCCCGAGUGGUGGCUGCAAACACUUGAAUCCCUGGCAGGAGCUGCACCGGUCGGAAAUGGGAGGGUUACUCUAGGCCUAGCCGUCGAUCCUGGCGUCCCUGUCGAUAUUUUGGCCCGUUUAUGGGAAAAGGCUCAGGCCUUGGGCUUGAAGCUGGUCACAAUGCAUUAUGUCGCGGGACUUAUGAAGAACGCCGUUCAGCUUCUAUCUGAAAACAACCAGCUCACAUCCAACGUGCUGAUAUCCCACGGCAACGGCAUCUCCACAGAGGACGCGCAAACCUUGAUCAACCACGACAUCUUCAUAUGCAGCACCCCAGAAACAGAGAUGCAAAUGGGUCUAGGAAACCCGGUUGCGUUUCGGCACGAUCUUAAAUCACACACCUGCAUCGGGACCGACUGCCAUGCCAACAAUUCCGCUGAUAUUCUGACGCAGAUGCGCCUCGGCCUGCAACAUACUCGGGCAGUGAGCAAUGACGAGGCGUUUCGAAAGGGCGAGUACCCGAGCGUUGACAUCACGCUGGAGCAGGCGUUCAAUCUCGGCACAAUCCAAGGUGCUAAGGCCAUCCGUAUGGAGGAUCAGAUUGGAAGUCUAGUCGUGGGCAAGAAAGCGGAUAUUCUCAUUUUUGAUGCCUCCUCGCCGUCUAUGGUCUGUGCUGCUGAGGAAAAUCCCCUCGCUGCGGUUAUGCUGCAUGCCAGUGUGCGGGAUAUUGAGACCGUCAUUGUUGAUGGGAAGGUGGUGAAGGAAAGGGGCGUUUUGAAACCGGUGGAGAUUCAGAGGACUUUGGACACAGCCGAUACAACUCUAUUGGACUGGAGUGAGGUUUCGCAGCAGCUUUUGCAGAGUCGUGAAAGAGUGCUAGAGAGGGCAGAAGGACAGGAUGUCAGCGCUGGAAUGGCAGCUCUUAUGGGGGGUUCUCAUUAGUUAUGUCUUCAGUUGAAUUUGAAAAUAUGCGAGCAUGGGGUGUACAAUUGGCCGAUCAUAUAUUCGCUAGAAGAGAAG